AAAUGUAUAAAGUUUAAAUGCAAUAUUUUCUUCAGGAAUGUAGUGAAGUAAAAGUAAAAGUAGUCAAAAAUAUAAAUAGUAAAGUACAGAUACCCCAAAAAACUACUUAAGUAGCACUUUAAAGUAUUUUUACUUAAGUACUUUACACCCCUGCAUAAUUAUAAUGUUGAUGAAUAAAAUCCCUUAGAAACAUAGAGUUACUCCAGCGAGGCUCCCACAACAUUUAGCAACGAUUGAAUAUUUUGUAACUGUCCUGAUGUCAAGGCUCAGGGCUCGUUUUUACCACCACGUGUAAUUUUAUUCCCUUUGAUACACAGAAAAACGAUAACACAAUUUUACUGUGUGAACUGUACAGACAUUGUACAGCUUUCGACAUUUAUAUUAUUUAAGUGCUUAUCAAAGGAACAGCUUUGUUAGCUGUAUAUUCCAUCUAUACUUACAGACAGUGCAGGGUGCACAGUUUACAGGCUAAAGUUAUAAACAGAACGAUUUCUUCGCCAAGCAUCCCUUUAAGUCCCUCUGGUCCAUGAUGUGAGUUAGAUACAGCACUUAAAAAACAAUUUUGUAAAAUGUAUGUGCAAUGUUUUCUCAGCUCAUCUCUUACAGCUAACUAUACAUACACAAUGCAACAAGAGACUUCAUAAAAAGCAUAUUUAAUCUCAUAUAAACCUCAAACAUCAUCAUACUCUAUUCUUGGUGAACCAUGUCCGAAUUCUGACAGAAAAUUUUUAAAAACAUCCCAUCAUAUAGUCUACAGUCAGUACAUGAGGAGGGUGUAUAUUAUUUGUCCAAGUGAUCAUCCAUAAAGCAUACUAACAUGUUUCUGAACCAGACUAGAGAACAGAUGGGAGAGAGAAGUCCCAGUCUGGUACUGUAGUGAUUGUUACUGAGUCUGUUCCUCCAAGAUUAAACUCACCACAUUCCUGCUCUGCAUGUCGCUGUGUUCCACUGACAGAUACCCCACUGAGUACUUCUCUAAUCACCUGCAACAACAUUCUAGACGUUUCUGGAAGUUUCUGUCUCUCUCUGUCUGUCCCCCUAUGUACAUAACUAACUGCAUAACAAUGUCAAAGUGGAUUUGUAAAGUCAAAGUUGUCCAUGUUUAUAAAGUUGUUAUAAAUGGUCUUCUAUGAUUCUUGGCAUAAUUAUGCUUGUUUCCAGAUACCUUCAUCCUGACCUGCCCACUUGCCUGCCCUCGACCCCUCACCCCCCUGUAACCAUGACAACCAAAACGACCAACGACCUGGACGGGAACAAGGUCUCCUCCUCCCCUCUCCUGUUGUCCACAUCAUCCCCGUCCUACCUGUCUUGCCAGCGUCUGGUGACCAAGGACGGUCACUGUGCCCUGCGCUCCUCCCCUCCCUCUCCUGGCCUGUGGCCCUCCUGGGCCUCUGCCUCUGCCUGGCUGCUAGCUCUACAGGACCUGUGGGGGGCAGUGGUGUGCCUGCGCUGGCGCUGGGUCCUCUUGGCCUUCUGCACCUCCUUCGUGGCCCACUGGCUGCUGUUCGCCUGCCUGUGGUACCUACUGGCCCACCUCAAUGGAGACCUGGCAGUGGAGGACCACGACGCUCCUCCAGAGGGACACGUGGUGUGUGUCAAACACAUCACCAGCUUCACCGCAGCCUUCUCCUUCUCCCUGGAGACCCAGCUGACCAUUGGGUACGGCACCAUGUUCCCCAGUGGGGACUGUCCCAGCGCUAUAGCCCUGCUGGCGGUUCAGAUGCUGCUGGGGCUCAUGCUGGAAGCCUUCAUCACAGGUGCGUUUGUGGCUAAGAUCGCCCGUCCCCAGAAGCGUGCGGGGGCCAUCCAGUUCAGCCCCCAGGCGGUGGUAGGUCAGCACCAGGGCCAGCCCUGCCUCAUGUUCCGGGCCACCAACCUUCUGCGCCGCCCCCUGGUGGAUGUGGAGGUCAGUGCCGUCCUGUACGAAGAGAGAGACGACCAGGUCCUGCACCAGACCAACCUGGACUUCCAGCUGGACCGGCUGGGCCCCCGCCCCUGCCCAUUCUUCAUCUUCCCCCUCACCUUCUACCACAUCCUGGACCGCCACAGCCCCCUUUACCCAGCCCUGCGUGAGGGCAGCGCCAGACACUUUGAGCUAGUGGUAUUUCUCUCUGCCUCACAGGAGGGCACGGGCGACGCCUGCCAGAAAAGAACGUCCUACCUGCGCCAGGAGAUCCAGUUUGAGAGGCGCUUCGUGCCCGCCAUGGGGCUGGACAAGCAUGGCAGGUACCAGGUGAGCAGUCAGCACUUUGGCAUGGCCCACUGCAAGGAGCCGCUGGACAAGGAGUGUGUGGUGCAGAUCAACGGGGACGGGAGUGACAGGAUGGAGUAAGGGAUUUAAAGGAGGAGGGUGGAAGGGAAAGAGGGGCAGGAGAAUGGGGAGAAAGAAGGGAGGAGGAGGGAGGAUGGGAAGAAGAAAGCGUGGGAGGAGGGAGAGAAGGAAUCGUGGGAGGAGGGAAAGAGGGGGAAGAGGGUAAUAGCUGAGAGGAGUAUGGGACAGAGACAACGUGGGGACAGAGACAACGUGGGAUGGGUUCCAGGGUUUUGUGUGUGUGUGUGUGUGUGUGUGUGUGUGUGUGUGUGUGUGUGUGUGUGUGUGUGUGUGUGUGUGUGUGUGUGUGUGUGUGUGUGUGUGUGUGUGUGUGUGUGUGUGUGUGUGUGUGUGCGGGAGGGAGGGAGGGAGGGUAGCAACAUAGGGAUCGAGAUAGGGGCAGAAAGUGAGAGUUAGGGGCAUUAUGGGAGGGACAGGUUUCUAUGGCUCUGCUACCUGGCAUCAGCUACCUACUUUUAUAGUCCCGUACCCCUUCAAACAUUCAACCUCCAGCUGCGUACCCCGUCUAGCACCAAGGUCAGCGCACUCUCAAAUGUUGUUUUUUGCCAUCAUUGUAAGCCUGCCACAUACGAUACAUUUAUUAAACAUAAGAAUGAGUGUGUAUUUGUCACAACCCGGCUCGUGGGAAUUGACAAAGAGCUCUUAUAGGACCAAGGUACAAAUAAUAAUAUAAUGAUAAUCAAUAAUUUAGCUUUUGCUUAGAUAUAAAACCUUAUUUGUUCAUAAAACAAUUGUGAAUAACUCACCACAGAUUAAUGAGAAGGGUGUGCUUGAAAGGAUGUACAUAACUCUGCAAUGUUGGGUUGUAUUGGAGAGAGUCCCAGUCUUAAAUAAUUUCCCGCACACAGUCUGUGCCUGUAUUUAGUUUUCAUGCUAGUGAAGGCUAAGAAUCCAGUCUCACAUAGGUACGUGGUUGCAAAGGGCAUCAGUGUCUUAACAGCGCGAUUUGCCAAGGCAAGAAACUCUGAGCGCAGCCCAAUCCAGAAAUCUGGCAGUGGCUUCUGAUUAAAUUCAAUUUUCACAGAACCGCUUGUUGCAAUUUCGAUGAGGCUCUCUUGUUCAGAUAUCGGUAAGUGGACUGGAGAAAGGGCAUGAAAGGGAUAACGAAUCCAGUUGUUUGUGUCGUCCGUUUCGGGAAAGUACCUGCGUAAUUGCACAUCCAGCUCAUUCAGGUGCUUCGCUAUGUCACUUUUGACAUUGUCCGUAAGCUUGAGUUAAUUUGCACGCAAAAAAUCAUACAAUGAUGGAAAAACCUGUGUGUUGUCCUUGUUAAUGCAGACAGAAAACAGCUCCAACCUCUUAAUUUUGUACGCACAUUGAAUAUAGUUGUGGAGAGUCCCUGUAAUCCUAGAUUCAGAUCAUUCAGGCGAGAAAAAACAUCACCCAGAUAGGCCAGUCGUGUGAGAAACUCGUCAUCAUGCAAGCGGUCAGACAAGUGAAAAUUAUGGUCAGUAAAGAAACUUUAAGCUCGUCUCUCAAUUUAAAAAAACGUGUCAAUACUUUACUCCUUGAUAACCAGCACACUUCUGUAUCUUGUAAAAGCGUUACAUGGUCGCUGCCCAUAUCAUUCAUGAUGCAGAAAAUACACGAGAGUUCAGAGGUCUUGCUUUAACAAAGUUUUCACUGUAGUGUCUAAAACGUCUUUCAAGCUAUCCGGCAUUCCCUUGGCAGCAAAAGCCUCUCGGUGGAUGCUGCAGUGUACCCAAGUGGCGUCGGGAGUAACUGCUUGCACGCGCGUUACCACUCAACUAUGUCUCCCUGUCAUGGCUUUUGCGCCAUCCGUACAGAUAUCAACACAUCUUGACCACCAAAGUCCAUUUGAUGUCACAAAGCUGUCCAGUACUUUAAAAAUAUCCUCUCAUGUUGUCCUGGUUUCCAGUGGUUUGCAGAAGAGGAUGUCUUCCUUAAUUGACCCCCCAUAAACAUAACGGACAUAUACCAGGAGCUGUGCCAGGCCUGCCACGUCUGUUGACUCAUCCAGCUGUAACACAUAUAAUUCACUGGCUUGUAUGCGAAGUAGUAAUUGUUUCAAACCAUCUCCUGCCAUUUCACUGAUGCGUCGUGAAACAGUGUUGUUUGAUGAAGGCAUUGUCUGUAUAGUUUUUGUUGGCCUUUUUCCCAGCAUUGUCCCAGCCAUAUCUGCUGCAGCAGGAAGAAUGAAGUCCUCCACAAUAGUAUGGGGCUUGCCUGUCCUAGCCACUCAGUAGCUCACCAUAUAAGAUGCUUCUAGCCCCUUCUUAUUAAUGGUAUCUGUUGCUUUUAUACAUCUUACUGCUCGAAAGUCGUCUUUAUUCUCGCUCAAAAAACCCCCGUGGCUUAUUUUUCAAAUGGUCAUGUUUCGUUUCUAAAUGCCUGUGCAAGAGUGAAGGUUUCUCGCGAGAAAGUAACGGUUAACGUGAUUGGAUGUUAAUUAUUUGACUAGGCUACCUGUACUUGACAUUGACAACUCACCCAAAUGUGUAGCCCCAUUGGAAAAUAUAAAUGUACUGGGAAUCACAUUUUUAUUUGGCGUACCCCCGAAGGCAUUGCACGUACCCCAGUUUGGGAAUACCUGGUUUAGUGUAAUAAAGAACACUAUAUUGUAGAACAUGUUCUAGCUACCUGAGAACUCUAGAACCAACAGUUAUAUUCACUGCCAUGAAGGAUGAUAUUCCACAAUCAAUAACACUACGCUGCUAUGGAAUACACUCUGGCUGCAUUUACACAGGUAGCCCAAAUCUGAUAUUCUGUCCAAUUAUUGGCAAAAGAGAUUUUCGUGGUAAUAUUUAAAAAAGAAUUGUCAGAAUUGGGCUGUGUGUGUAAACGCAGCCUCUGUAAUGUAGAUGAUCCCACUUUGAAAGUUGACAACUCAAUGUCUUCAUUCAUUUUAAGCUGAGGUAUCAUGCCUUAGAAGAUAUCAGUUGAUUUAACUGCAAAUUGAUUAGAUUACUGCCUUAAAUGUUUAUGAGAAAUCUUCACUGAAAUCAGUGUGUGUCUAUUUACGCCAAAUAUUAGUCAAAGAUGAAAUGUAAUACUAUGUUAUACAUUGAUUACACAUGUUGAAUAUGUAAAAUGCAGUGGCUUUAGAUUGAGCACUUUAGUGAUAGGCUAAACAUCUGGAGAACGAUGUCAGUAGAUUAUCUUUAUAUUUUCCCUUUGAAUUUAUGUAAAGACAAAAAUCACUAUUACAUCAUGCAUGUAUGCAUUUGAGUCAACAGCAAUACACAAAGAUUAAAGAGUAAAUGGAAAUAAUGUUAUGGAAAGAAAGAGAGAUGAAAUCUUAUUGUAUCAUAAUACAUGUUCCAAUGGAUUGUACAGUGUACAUUACAUGUAAUAAAAUAAUAUUUUCUGAACAA